CUGCAAGUUGCUGUUUCUUGGGAUUGACCGGGGCGCAGUGUUGAAGUUUUUCAUCCCCGGCCCUGAGAAAAGCAAGAGGGAGGGAUGAAGAAAGCGCAAUCAUAGACACCAUGCAUGUAUAUUCUCUCUUGGACUCAUCGGAGGACCUGGCGGCGAUGCCAUGAUCCGAGGCUUGAUUAAGGUCUACUGGUCUUGAAAGGAAGCAGCAGGCAGGCAGCAGGCCUUAGGCCGCCGGAAGAAGAUACAAAUGGCGAGCUCUUACCUGGUUGUUCAUGUCGGGGACGCCAACGUCCCGUCAAGCAGCAGCACCACAUCAGGGACGAGCUAUUACGUGGAGCUCCGUUUCAAUGGUCAGAGUGCGAGAACGGAAAUGAAGGAGAAUGCUAGAUGGAAUCACAUAAUCCGCUUCCCUAGGAGAGAGCAGCAGCAAGGUGAUAUCGAUGAUGGUGAUGAGGGUCAUCAUGCUUCCGGUUCCGGUGGCCUCAAUCUUGAGGCUGCUGUGUACAGCAUUGAUGAGGCGACCAACUCGGAGUCAUUGCUUGGCAAGGCCGUGGUUGGUGAGAAAGAUUUCGACAGCCAUUCCUCCAAGGCAGUGUUCUUCCCUCAUGAACUGGUGAAGAGUAGCAGCAGCGACCAUAUGGCGGGGCACAACCUAGGCCGAUUAGUCAAUGGAAAACUGACCCUUAAGGUGUUCCAUUCCCCUGCCGACGACAAGGCCCUGCUGUUUGAGAUCGAGGACGACAAUCGUGAUCGCCAAGCUGAGGAUGUCGGUGUUGAUAAAGUAAAGAAGAAGGCUUUCAGAUUUCUGUUUUCAAUCAAGAAUCAUCUCUACAGUGCCGCAUACAACAAGACUAGUAGCGCCGUGGGAAACACCUCCUUAUUGCAGCCAGCUGCUGUUGAUGUUGUUCCGAAGGAGAUCAACCCAAGCUUCGAGUGCGGCAAGGUGGUCGAGCGCAUGCAGUUCCUCUUUGUGCUCGUGGUGAAGGCCCGUGAGCUGCCGGACGUGGACGCCUACGGGCGCCUCGAUCCGUUCGUGGAGGUGAACUUCGGUGCUCACAACAAGGGCUUCACCAAGUGCUUGAAGAGUGACGGCAGCCCAGAGUGGAACAAGACCUUUGCGUUCUCCUUACAGAGCGGCAAAGCGCCACCCAGCUCCGGCGUAGAUGUUUUCGUCAAAGAUGGGGAUCUGGUGAGAGAUGAAUUGGUAGGGAAGCUCUACUUCUAUCUCAAGGACAUCCCAGUUCGGCAUCCGGACGACGCCCAGCCGGAACCGACCUGGCACCCUCUCUUGGACGAAGGUGGAAAGGCUACACUAGGCAAGGCCAGCUUGCUGCUCGCGAUCUGGAUAGGUUCACAGGCUGAUGAAGCCUAUCGCCAUGCGUGGGAGUCACCGUUCGGCCCCAAAGUGUACGAGAAUCCAAGGCUUUGGUGCUUGCGGGUCACCAUUGUUGAAGUUCAGGGUGUCGUCGCAUGCGACGAGGACGACGCCGGCAGCGCUACAGCCAGGUCACUGAGGGACAAGUUGUUCUGCACGGCACGAUUAGGGGAGCAGGUCCGGAAGACUAAGCUGGCAUCCAAGACAAUGCAGACGACGUCUAGUGGCAGCUAUGAGUGGAUGGAGGACCUCACCUUCAUCGCCGCACAACCUUUCUUCGAGUCUAACCUUCAAGUUGAUGUCGUCGCCGCCGCCUCGAACAAUAAUUCUGGUACAGAGGAGCUGCAGCAGGGGGAGGUCAUCGGCAAGCUCAGUAUACCUUUGGCAUGGAUCGAGAAACGCGACGCUGCCGCCUAUGAUUUUGAUCGCCUUGCCACACCCACACCCCAGUGGUUUGAUCUGAAGAAUCCAUCUCCGGCGCGGCCACACACGUACUUGGGUGGUUCUUCUGUGGACGAAGGCGUUGUUGGUGGAAGCGGCAGCGUCAGCCACAUGCGGAUUCGACUCCGGAGCCUGCUGGAUGGUGGGUAUCACAUUGGCCAUGAUCCCCAGGGCCACAUGGACGACACGAGACCCGCCGAGAGGCAGCUCUGGAGACCACCCAUCACCCGGGUUCAUCUCGGGAUCCUCCGCGCCACUGGUCUCCAAAGUAUUGUCGAUGGAAACACUACAAGAAGGGGCAGGAGAUCAACUGCGCUGAACCCAUACUGCGUGGCGAAAUACGGCGAUAAGUGGGUACGAACUCGCACCAUCCUCGAAUCCUCUGAUCCUGUGUUCAACGAGGAGUACACCUGGGAUGUCUAUGACAUUGCAACCGUGCUCAAGGUUGGCAUCUUUGACCAUUGCUCACGCAAGGCCAGCAGUGCCCACCACGUGGUCGGCAAGGUACGGAUCCAUCUGUCUUGGCUCGAAACUGGCCGGGUAUACGCCCACGCUUACCCUCUCGUCACCCUGAGCCGUUCUGCUGGGAUCAUCAGAACCGGCGAGCUGCAUCUAGCAGUGAAGAUCUCAUCGCCGCCAUCAACCAUGAACAUGCUACGCAUGUAUGCACUCCCCACUCUGCCCAGGAUGCACUAUGCACAGCCCCUUGAAGAAGAGCAAUACGAUUUCUUCUCAGCUACAGAAACGGCGGAGGAGGGUAACAAACUCUGGCUGCAUGCAGCUAACAUCCUGGCGCUCCGGUUAGACCGGAUGGAGCCGCCCCUAAGGAGCGAGGUUGUUGCCUACCUAUGCAACGCCGAGAACUGCAACAAUAGCUCCUGGAGUCUGAGGAGAUCCAAGGCAAACUUCUUCCGGUUGAUGCAAGUGCUCUCCCCAUUAAUUGGUGCAGAACGUUGGUUCGGAGGUGUCAUCUCAUGGAAGAAUCCUCUUACUACCUUGCUUAUCCAUGGCAUACUUGUCCUAGCCCUGUGGUUCCUUGACCUGGUACUCCCGCUGGUGCUCCUGUACCUUGUCUUGCUGGGCGUGUGGAAUUACCGGUUCCGCCCAAGGAGGCCUCCAUAUUUUAGCAUGCUUCUUUCGUAUCUAAACAUUGUGCAUCCGGAUGAACUUGACGAGGAGUUCGAUACUGUCAAGACAAGUCUGAGCGACGACGACGGACUGUUGAGAAUGAGGUAUGACAGACUGCGGGCAGUUGCCAGCAGGAUUCAGACCGUCAUGGGUGACGUCGCAACUCUGUUCGAAAGGUUCCAAUCACUCUUAACCUGGAGGGAUCCUAGAGUAACGGCCAUCUUUAUGCUCUUCCUUCUCCUUGCAGCAGCAGUGGCGUAUUUUGUACCAUACAAGAAGCUUCUUGUGGCAAUGGCCGGGUUCUACAUCAUGAGGCAUCCAAGGCUUCGUCGUCGUCGUGGUACCAAAACAACGCCGUCCAUUAUCACCAACUUCUUUCUACGAUCACCUAGCAAGCGAGAUGAAUUAAUGUAACAAUACUACUCUAUAUAUUGUGACCCCAACAAAAGGUUGGUGCUGGCCGUCAGCAUAUAUAGGGCUAGCACUACACCGAGCAUUUUAGGUACUUGCUUCAUUUAUCCUGCUUGAUCCUCCUGGUAAUAUAAAUACACUGGUCUGGCUCAGAUAAACAGAUUGUGCCAUUUUUUCUUCUUC